AUGGACUUGGAUCAAGUUCAUCAAUCACCCUCUCCUAAACCACCAGAUAUUACAACUACUAAAACACUCGAGCAAUUCAUUUUGCCUACUACAACCUUUAAGGACAAAUUAAUCCAUGGUGAACAAGAGACAUCAAUUAACAUGACCAUUGAUGCAAAUGUCUAUGACUCAUCAAAUUGUGUACAAGCUAAGAAAGAUGAGCAACUAUGCUUGCCAAAUAUACAACAAAUCCAGUUAACUCAAGAGGAUAUCCAUCAGAUUUACGAGCCUUGGAAAUUCUCAACUAUAAUCAAAUUGCAAGGGAGAAGAAUUCAACACCAUUUGCUCAAAACAAAGCUACAUGAGCUAUGGAAAGCAAAGGAAAAUUUUCCCUUAAUCGAUUUAGGAUGUGAUUAUUUUAUCACCAAAUUUAGUAAUGAAGAGACAAUGAAAAAGGCUUUGCACAUGGGUCCUUGGUUCAUCUAUGGUCAUUUCUUAUCAGUUCAAAGAUGGGAGCCAAAUUUCCUUGCAUCCGAUGCAAGAAUUUCAAAAACAACGGUAUGGAUCCGCCUCCCUCAGUUGCCUACAGAGUUCUAUGAUAGUAUAAUCUUGACAAAAAUUGGCAACAAAAUUGGCAAGCUGCUUAAGGUUGAUGCCUGCACUUCCUCAACCCUUAGGGGAAGAUAUGCUAGGCUAUGCAUUGAAUUGCCCUUGGACAUCCCAGUACCACAUUCCAUUUUGAUCGGAUCCCACAAACAAACCAUUUAUUAUGAAGAUGGAAAUCUUUUAUGUAUUAAAUGUGGAAGACUUGGGCUUGUUCAAUCAAAAUGCUCCUUUAAUUCAGUCCCCAAUACCCCCUCCUCAGUUGCCUUAGACCCCACCGUCCACCAAUCAAAGAACACUAUUGCUCCAGUGCAAUGUGCCAAUGAUGUUUCAAGGCAAUCUAAUAAAGAAGAAGAGGAGUGGAGAACAGUGAGCUUCCCAACAAAAGAGAAGGCCAAUCAAAGAACCAAUUCAGGUACCUUACAUGAUCAAUCAAAGUCAUUGCCAGGUAUACACUCUUCUACUUCCUUAAACGUUAUAGCUGCUG